AUGCUGUCUUCCAACGUCCUCAGUGUUGUCGCACUCCUUGCUGCUGCUGUAAAUGCAGGCCCCUGCCGCCCUUCGACAACUCUGGCUGGAACCACUACUAAGGUCGCCUCAACUGCAACUGUUAUUGACAGUACUACCGAUCUCACAUCAACUAUCAUCGAGAGCGCCACAGAGACUGAGACAACCGACAUUGCCACUACUACCACUACCACGGCCAUCGUUGAAGAGUCUACUACUACUACAGCCAUCGUUGAGGAGUCUACUACUACCACCGCUAUUAUUGAAGAGUCUACCACUACCGACAUUCCCACCACUACCACGGCAGUUGUUGAAGAAUCGACCACUACCGAGGCCGCAAGCACCACGACCACCGCUGCGGUCUACAACUAUUCUUGCUCUACGAGUGACGACUGUGUUGCCUACCCAGAUAUGUGUCUCGAUGGGCUGGUGAACUUAUGCAUUUGCUCGAACGCCGCUUGCGUGCCGGUCAACUAA